AGGUUAAGAAGAUUAUCAACAAAAUACAGAACAGAGAAGAUCUACCCAACAGCCACUGGAGAAAAAGAAGAAAAUGUUAAAAAGAAUAGAUACAAGGAUAUAUUACCAUUUGAUCAUAGCCGGGUUAAGCUGACCUUGAAAACUCCCCCACAAGAUUCAGACUACAUCAAUGCAAACUUUAUUAAGGGAGUACAUGGGCCAAAAGCGUAUGUUGCUACCCAGGGACCAUUAGCAAAUACAGUAAUAGACUUCUGGAGGAUGAUAUGGGAAUACAAUGUUGCCAUAAUUGUAAUGGCCUGUCGAGAAUUUGAAAUGGGAAGGAAAAAAUGUGAACGUUACUGGCCUCUGUAUGGAGAAGCAGCUGUAACUUUUGGACCAUUUCGUGUUUCUUGUGAAGCUGAGCAAGCAAGAACAGAUUACUUCAUUAGAACGUUGUUACUUGAAUUUCAAAAUGAGACUCGUAGUGUCUAUCAGUUUCAUUAUGUUAACUGGCCUGAUCAUGAUGUCCCUUCAUCUUUUGAUUCUAUUCUGGACAUGAUCAGCUUGAUGAGAGAAUACCAGGAACAUGAAGAUGUACCAAUUUGCAUACACUGCAGUGCAGGGUGUGGAAGAACAGGAGCCAUCUGUGCCAUAGAUUAUACGUGGAAUUUGCUUAAAGCUGGGAAAAUACCUGAAGAAUUCAAUGUAUUUAAUUUAAUACAGGAAAUGAGGACACAAAGGCAUUCUGCAGUCCAGACAAAGGAGCAGUAUGAACUUGUCCAUCGAGCCAUAGCACAACUGUUUGAAAAGCAACUGCAAAAAUACGAAAGUUGUGCAGACUGGAAGAUUGCGGACGGAGUGGAUGAAAAUAAUACAGAGAAUGCUGUCAGUUCUUCAGAUGCUGAGAAACAGGAUUCUCCUCCACCAAAGCCUCCACGGACCCGCAG